CAAACAUUUUGUAAAAUAUAUUCAUAAUGUUCAAAUGAAUUUGAGCUAAAAUAAAAAAUUGUGCAAUUUUGUGACAGACUUGAAGUUAAAACUUUUUAGCUGCUUUGAAUUGUGUCCAACUAUAAAAGAUAUGUUCAACCACUAGGUCAGCAUCAGUUUAACGGUCAUCUUCUCAGAGUUUAAACCAUUCACAAAAUGUUCAAAAUUAUUUUAGCUGUAUGCCUUGUUGGGUCAGCCAUUGCAGCCGAACCGGAAGUUGAAGUUCUUCGUUUUGGUAGUCAAGUGGAUAAUGACGGUACCUAUGGAUACGAAUAUGAACUUAGCAAUGGAGUGACCGCACAAGAGUCCGGAAUUGGAGGACAAUAUGCCAACGGUGGCUUCCGUCACUACUCACCGGAAGGUGAACUCAUCGAAUUGGCAUACACAGCCGAUGAUGCUGGAUUCCAUCCAGUUGCUGCCCAUUUGCCCACACCUCCACCAAUUCCAGAUCACAUCCUUAAGGCUAUUCAAUACAUCGAAAGCCAUCCAACACCUGAAGAACAACAGGACAGACAGGUCCGACAACAGUUGGGACAAUAAGCAAGUUACAAGAGUGCUGUGCGUUUUGUUGGCACUGUGUGCUUUUUUUUAUUAUUUUGUUUAUACCUAAGUCGUUCGUUUGUAAUAAAUUUUCAUUAUUUUUUUUUUAUAAUUUUU